CUCUACACUACUUUUAGAGAAGAUGUAUUACUUCACAAUUUUAUUUUGCACUUUUUUUGUGCCAUUCACUCAAUCGCAUUAUGCUGACAAUAGAUUUUUAUUCAAUGAUGAAUCUGACUAUGAGGUGGUUCCAAUUGGUCAUAAAAUAUCCGACGACAAAUUAACAAUUCGAAUUAAAAGAGAUGGAAAGACCAAUGAUUAUAAUUUAAAUCCUACUGAUAGUUUACUUGCUGGCAAAGAAACUAAAGUUUAUACUGCCACUAAUAAUGUUGAUCGUAGUUCCGUUGAUUAUGAAGAAAUACAAAAUGUUUUGCAAAACCUGAACUAUACUUUUUAUCAAGAUAAAAAAACUGGUUCAUCUGUAACACAGUUUCGGAAUAAACGUGGAAUAUCUGAAUUUCAUGGAAUUAUCGACAAUAAUUAUGUGAUUCAACCAUUGCCCAAUCAUCUUCGUAAACGUCGAGAUUUGACGAAAAAAAAUUCUGCAACCCUUGAAAGUGAUGCCGAAGGUUUCAUAAAUACUGAUGAACAUAUAAUUUAUAAACAAACAUUUAAUAAUGCUUCCCAACUUGAUGCAUCUAAAAUGGUCGAUGAUGAAAUUAUGAAAAUUAAAAGUGUAUCCCGAAGAGAAGUUGGAGUGACUCCAAAAAUAGUUUAUCCGGAAAUUAUGGUUUUCGUUGAUGAUAUACUUUUUAAUAAAUUUAAUCAAGACGUGAUGGAAGCGGUACAAUAUACUUUGAGUUUUUGGAAUGCAGUUGAUUUAAGAUACAGAGAAUUUGAUGAUCCACAGAUUCGUCUCUAUAUUAGAAAAAUAGUAUUAGUUAAAGAACCACUACCAUUCAUUAAUAAAGCAAUUUACGGUUUUCCCAAAGGAGCUAUAUAUGGUUCCGGAAGUUUAAAAGAAUUUGCUUUAUAUUUAUAUAAGGAACAAUUCUUUCAACCAACUAUAGAUUAUGAUGCAGCUGUGUUGAUGACUGGAAGAGAUAUGAUGGAUUUACAAGGCAAUAAGGGAACAGCUGGUAUUGCCUUUGAAGCUGGAGUGUGCAGGGAAAGUACAUAUCAGGGAUAUUUUGGUACCGGUGUAGUUGAAGAUAGUAAUGGUUAUGGAGGGAUUAUUGCUGCUGCUCACGAAUUAGGUCAUCUCUUUGGUGCGCCUCAUGAUGAGGAAGAUUCAAUGUUUCAUCAAAAUGGUGCAUUGCAUUGUCCUAAGGAAGAUGGUUACAUCAUGAGUUAUAAUCGUUAUAAUAAAAACAGAAUUUUAUUUUCCCCAUGUUCGAAAAAUGUUAUUCGAACUGUUUUAAGUCAAAAUUUUGCAAAAUGCGUUCAGAAUAAUCCAGCAGAAUAUGUAAAUAACAUACAAGUAUCAAGAAUUUUACCUGGUGAAAUAAUGACUUUAGAUCAACAAUGCAAAAAUGAUGGAUACAUAAGAAAUGAUAAUGCAAGAACAACUUGUUUAGAGCUACACUGUAUCUCAGCGGAAUAUUCUUACAGUUAUUAUCAUAUUACAUCUAGUAUGCCUCCUGCGGAGGGAUCUAAAUGUGGUGAAGGGAAGUACUGCAUAUCAGGAGAGUGUGUACAGAAACCUAAUAAUUUGGGACAAAAUUCAAAUUCUCAAUUGCCACACAAGCAAAGCACAACAAAAGCACCGUUCACUACUAAAGCGCCACCAAAAAUAAAUUACACACCAAUACCAUACAAGCCAAUUACUUCAAGAGCGCCAACUUUUCCAAGAGGACCAAUCAGUACAAAGGCACCAAUUACGACACAUUCCACAACAUCCACGAAAUGCGUUAAUGGAAAGUGUACAACUGAAACAUGCAUCAAUGGAAAGUGUACAAUUAAGGAUGCAGGAAAUAACAAUGGUAUGGUGAUAAACACAUCAUACCCAGUGUUUAGGCUAAUAAAUUUUCCUUUUUGGAAAAUAUAUUAACAUUGGAAAAAAAUUUUUUAUUUAAGUAUAUAAACUAACAAAUCUGGUUUGUAAUUAUUUUUUUGUUCUAAUAAUUCGAAAUUAAUAUAGAUGAAUAUAUAAUUAGUAUUAAUAUACUUAUUUCUAUGUAAUUAAAUUAAUUAUUGUAUUUAAUGAAGAUAAUGUAAAAAUUGAAUAA